AUGAUUUGGUUCACUUGGCUGGCUCUGACGCUGCUGGUCUCCCCAUGUCUAUCCAAGACGGUUGAAUACUGGUUCAAUGUGACCUGGGUAAUGGCGAACCCUGACGGCUUGUACGAGCGCAAAGUCGUUGGCAUCAACAAUACAUGGCCGCUCCCACCAAUUGAAGUGGACAAGGGUGAUCGGCUGGUAGUCCAUACGCAUAAUGGGCUUGGGGACAAAGAUACCAGCAUCCAUUUCCAUGGUAUGUUUCAGAAUGGUACCACCGACAUGGACGGGGCAAGCAUGGUCUCGCAAUGCCCUAUCCCCCCCGGCUCAUCAUUCACCUACAACUUCACUAUCAACCAGAAUGGGACCUAUUGGUAUCAUUGCCACGUCGACUAUUGCUAUCCCGAUGGCUACCGUCAAGCACUGAUUGUACACGACCAAGACGCCUAUUUCUAUCAUGACUAUGCGGAGGAGUUUGUUGUGACGCUUAGUGACUGGUACCAUGACCUUGUCGAGGAUAUCCGUUUCAAGUCUCUCUUCAAUCCGACAGGGGCGGAGCCGAUACCAGAUUCAUUCCUCUUCAAUGACACGCACAAUUCCAGCCUUGCUGUUCAGCCCAAUACGACCUAUCUAUUACGGAUCAUAAACAUCGGAGCGUUUGUCGGACAAUACUUUUAUAUCGAGGGUCACACAUUGCGAAUCGUCGAGGUAGACGGCGUCUACGUCGACGCUGCCGAGGCAGACAGACUUUACAUUGCUGUGGCUCAGCGGUACUCUGUUUUGGUCACGACAAAACCCACAACGGACAAAAACUACGCCAUUGUGACGGUGGCGGAUCAAACUCUCCUCGACACGAUUCCUGAGCAUUUAAGACUCAACAAUACUAACUGGCUGGAGUACAAUAGCUCUGCCCCACACGAGGAGGCCGUGGUCACUCUGGAUGUUGUUGACUCUAUACCGGCCUUUGAUGAUUUCACCCUUGUGCCAAACGAUCGUGAAAUGCUAUUAGGCGAACCUGAUCAGCGUAUUGAAUUAGCUGUUGUCAUGGCCGAGCUGGAGAAUGGCCUGCCGUAUGCGCUGUUAAACAACGUCACGUACACGCCACCAAAAGUACCAGUGCUCUACACUGUGCUGUCGGCUGGGGAACAAGCCCUCGAUAACCAAGUCUAUGGUAACACGAACGCGUUCGUGCUCGGUCACAACGAAGUCAUUGAGGUGGUGCUGAACAACAACGAUACCGGAUCCCAUCCCUUCCACCUCCACGGCCACAACUUUCAGAUAAUCAACCGAGAACCUCCGUUUGCCACCUUUUACAACUAUUCGUCGCUUGCUGACCCCGUGCCGUUUGAUCAGAACAACCAUUCUGCCUUCCCCACCUAUCCAGUCCGCCGAGAUGUCAUUCUUCUUCCACCGCAGGGACAUCUUGUCUUUCGUUUCGUUGCGAACAAUCCCGGCGUCUGGUUUUUCCACUGCCAUAUCGACUGGCACUUGGCUCAGGGUCUUGCUUCCGUGUUCAUUGAAGCGCCCCUCCAGAUCCAAGAGCGGGUCCAUGUACCCGAGGACCACUAUGCUGCCUGUCGAGCUGCAGAUGUCCCCUUCACGGGAAAUGCCGCGGGCAACACCGAGGACUUCUUGGAUCUGAAGGGCGCUCCUAAGCAACCUGAAGUCAUUCAAUACGGGGGCUUCACUACCAAGGGUUAUGUGGCCAUGGCGUUCGCCGUCUUGUCAGCAGUACUGGGCAUUGCCUCGCUGGCCGUCUACGGCAUGAGCGAUAUCAAAUAUGCCGCCAAUAACAAGCGCCACAUAUACUUGACCACACAUGAAAAGUACCGUGAUGAGCCGGUACCUGAAAACGUGGCUGUGCCGCCCAAGGUUGACUAG